GACUCUCGCCCUUUCACACUCGUUUCUUAGAGUCUCAAACCCAGCAUGACAAGCAUUAAUUUCAGGGAGCCCUACUCCAAGCAGGAGCUCGACCAGCUUUAUCCGCCACACUUGAAACUUCAGUUAGUACAAGUGUUUUUGCGUCAUGGCGAACGAACCCCGGUUUCGGCCCGGUUUCAAAAUACUGGCCUGGCGACAUACUGGCCGUAUUGCGCUGUCGCUCGCCGCAUGACCUCGAUGGUAGCUACGAGCAAUGACCUCUCGAAAUGGGACACCCUACAAUGGCGGCGAAAGAUUGAGACAUUUGGACAUGAUGAUGAAGCAGUGGCUACCCAUGGCCCAGGGGGGGAGACUGAGGCAAUUUGCCAAGCUGGCGAGCUCACAGACAAAGGGCGCCAGACUACACUUCAACUCGGCCAGCGUUUGCGACAUCUCUACGUUGAUCAGCUAGGUUUCAUGCCUAAAAUUAAGUCUGACGCCGAGGACAUGUAUCUCCGCGCCAGUCCCAUCCCCCGUGCCCUGGAGUCAAUGCAACAAGCUUUCAUGGGCAUGUACCCAGCCAGUGCUCGAACGGCCGAUUUUGCGACCCCUGCUGUAGUAACUCGAUCACUGGCAGAUGAGACUGUGUAUCCGAACGAUGCCAACUGUCGACGGUUCAGACAACUUUCCAGGCUGUUUGCCGACCGAGCGGCGGAUAGAUGGAAUAACACCGAUGAUAUGGAGUAUCUGAACAAGCUGUACUCGAAAUGGAUGCCAUCCACCUCGCCCAAAGUUGCCGUUGAUUCCCACCCUCGUCUUUCCGGUAUCAUGGACACCAUCAAUGCCACUUUGGCUCAUGGACCGGCUACGCGUCUUCCCCCACAAUUCUACGACCAGAAGGGCCGAGAGAUUAUCGACAAGAUCGCCGUGGAGGAGUGGUUCGCUGGUUAUAGAGAGAAUGUAGAGUACCGCAGACUCGGUAUCGGUGGCCUGAUGGGGGAUGUUGUAGAUCGUAUGGUGAGUGCCGCAUUAGAGGGCGGCUGGUGCAGUCAAGUGGCUUCAUCAAGCGCGACCGGCUGCAAAGUGCCCAUCAAAUUCGCGAUGACCGGCUGCCAUGAUACUACCCUUGCCUCAGUUCUGGCCAGUCUAGGUGCAUACAACAACGAGAACUGGCCUCCUUUUACAUCUUCCAUUGCCAUUGAGCUAUUUUCAACUGGUGAGCAGCAAUCCAGCGACCCUGGCAGCGUGCUCGAGGAACUUGCGCAACCAGUAGAUAAAAACGCUUCUUCAGGGAUUUUCUCCUUCCUUUCUGGAUCUUCCCGGAAACAAGAUGCAUCUUCCUCUGCAGCGUUUUCGGAAGUCGCGCGCGUGCCACUCACAGAGCUGGAUGAAUCGCAGCGAAAAGCCCUGCGCCAGUACUAUGUCCGUCUCCGAUAUAACGAUCGUGUCAUGAGAAUUCCCGGCUGCGUUUCAAAGACUGCUAACCAUCUCCCCGGCGAUGACUCCUUCUGUACUCUGGAAGCAUUCAAAGAGAUUGUCGACAAGUUCACGCCUAAGCAGUGGACGUCGGAGUGUCACGAGAAUCUCAACCAGGGUAUCUUCGGAAAGGACAACAAGGACAAAUCUAUUUCUGGGUAUUAGGGGAUGUCAGUAGGUCUCCAUAUUUGUAUUUUGUAGAUUUCCUUGCGCCGUCGACAAAUCUGGUGGACACGGCGAAAAGUACCUUGGCAUAAUUAGACAAAUUAUCAACUAAUACUAAGUACAAAUUAAAUACUAAUAUGGUCAGAAUUCUCUGUCAA